AUGGAUGGACCUGACCAGAUCGGACCUGAUCGCUCGCCGAAACGGACUGUCGCCGAUAAGGCAAGACGUCUCGUGAAGACUUUUACCACGAGAGAGGGCCUCCUCGGCGAUUAUGACUAUGCCUACCUUUUUACCCCGCGAAUUCCCUUUACCAAGCAAGUGCGCAAAUCGGCCCCAUUUUUCGGCCUCGACGAUCGCGUGCCGGUGGUACUAGCCUUCAUUCUGGGGUUACAACAUGCGCUUGCAAUGUUGGCUGGUGUUAUUUCGCCCCCGAUUAUGUUGGGCGGCUCAAGUGGCGUUAAUUUCGGAGACGACCUGUACCAAUACCUCGUAUCAACUUCGUUGGUUGUCUCGGGCCUUCUGUCUGCAGUGCAGAUGACUCGCUUCCACGUUUAUGGGACAAAAUACUACAUCGGCACGGGCCUGCUGUCGGUCGUCGGAACCUCCUUCUCCACUAUUACCGUCGCUCAGGGCGCCUUUAAGCAAAUGUAUGCUUCUGGAUACUGUCCCACCGACGCGGAUGGCAACAAACUGGCAUGUCCUCAAGGCUACGGAGCUCUCCUCGGCACGUCUUGCCUUUGUGCGCUACUCGAGAUUGGCCUCUCUUUCAUGAGCAGUCGGAUUCUCGCUAAGGUAUUCCCUCCGCUGGUUACUGGGCCUACAGUCCUGUUGAUCGGUGCCUCGCUCAUCAAAUCUGCCAUGCAAGAUUGGGGCGGUGGCGCGGGGUGUGGCCCUUCACCACGGGCCAUGUGUCCCAGUGCUGAUGCACCUCAUGCGCUGAUGUGGGGAAGUCCUGAGUUUAUCGGACUGGGCUUCCUGGUCUUCGCUACGAUCAUCAUUUGUGAGCGCUUUGGCCCACCCAUCCUCAAGAGUUGCUCUGUUGUCGUCGGUCUGCUGGUCGGAUCAAUUGUGGCAGCUGCUUGCAAUUACUUCGAGGACUCGGGAAUUACCGCUGCGCCCAUUGUAUCUUUCGCAUGGGUACACACAUUCCCACUUACCAUAUACCCACCUCUCAUCCUGCCGCUUCUCGCGCUGUAUAUUGUCAUCAUGAUGGAGUCCAUUGGUGAUAUCACGGCGACUUGCGAUGUCUCGCGUCUUGAGGUGGAGGGUGCUACAUUUGACUCUCGUAUCCAGGGUGGUGUUCUGGGAAACGGAAUAACAUGUUUACUGGCUGGUCUGAUGACAAUCAGUCCCAUGUCUGUCUUUGCCCAGAACAAUGGUGUCAUCGCUCUUACAAAGUGCGCGAACCGAACUGCUGGGUUCUGCUGUUGCUUCUUCCUGGUUGUUAUGGGAGUCUUCUCUAAGUUCGCUGCUGCGCUGGUCUCGAUCCCGAAGGCUGUUCUUGGUGGAAUGACUGCGUUCUUGUUCAGUUCCGUCGCCAUCUCGGGUAUUAGAAUCAUUUCAACCAUUGACUUCACCCGUCGCAAUCGAUUCAUCAUCACUGCCAGCUUCUCCCUGGGAAUGGGAAUCACGCUUGUCCCUGAAUGGUGGACUUACUUCUUCUCCUACGAAGGCGAUAACCAUGCUCUGGAGGGUCUCCUUAACGCCGUCAACCUAGUCAUGGAAAAUGGAUUUGCCGUCACUGCUAUUCUGGGUGUUAUUCUUAAUUUGAUUAUCCCGGAGGAGCCGGAUGAUCAUGACGCUGAGGUUAUCACCGCUAACGAGUCUGAACAUGCCCAGGUUGAGCCUGGGCCUUCGCAUGGCACUACAAAGACGGAGAGUGGCCUCUAA